AAACUAAGACGCUUUCCAACAACUAAAGUGCAAGGCAAUAUAUUCGGUUCAAGUACUUUCCAAGCUCUCAAAAUACUGCCCUACAUAUUAUUGAUCGAUCGAAAGGAGUCGACCCAAUCGAUCCAACUAAAAACUCUCCAUUUGGUUUGUGUUAGCUAGUAUUGGAAAUUGAGGAGAUGGAAAAGAAGAGGUUGGCCGUCCUUGUAGGCUGCAACUACCCGAACACCCCGAAUGAGCUACACGGAUGCAUAAACGAUGUAAUCGCGAUGCGGGAUGUGCUCGUGACGCGAUUCGGGCUUGAUCCGAGCCACAUCGAGCUCCUAACCGAUGCACAUGGUUCAUUGAUCAUGCCCACCGGUGCCAACAUCAAGCGGGCACUCCAUCAGAUGGUUGACAAGGCGGAGCCCGGUGAUGUCCUCUUCUUCCACUACAGUGGCCACGGCACCCGGAUUCCAUCCCUCAACCAUGACCAUCAUCACUCUGGGAAAGAUGAGGCAAUUGUGCCUUGUGAUUUCAAUCUCAUCACUGAUGUGGACUUCAGGCAACUGGUAAACCGCAUUCCACGGGGAGCAAUCUUCACUAUCUUCUCAGAUUCCUGCCACAGUGGUGGCCUCAUCGACAAAGAGAAAGAGCAAAUCGGACCUUCAUCCACCACUACUACUACUACCGGAACAACAACGCUUUCGGGCAAGCCCAAGACCAUUCCCUUCGAAACCAUACUGCAACACCUUGCUGCUUCAACAAGAAUUGACACACUGGAUGUUGGGACCCACUUGGUACACUCUUUCGGAGACAAUGCCAGCCUUCGGUUUCGCCUGCCUCUGCACGAGCUCAACUUGUUUCGACGGUUGAAGGCCGACGAGGGAAUCCUGCUUAGCGGUUGCCAAGCGAACGAGACGUCUGCAGACAUGGACCCUGCACAGGGCGGAGGGAAGGCUUAUGGAGCAUUUAGUAAUGCGGUUCAAAUGGUGUUGCGUGAAAAUCCUAGUCCUCUGAGUAACAGAGAAAUUGUGCUGUUGGCCAGGAAGUUUUUGCAGGCGCACCGGUUUCAGCAACACCCUUGCCUCUAUUGCAAUGAUGAGAACGCUGACGCAACUUUCUUGUUGCAGCCUCGGAGCAAAAGCUAGCUCUAGCUCUAUUGUACAAUUAAUCUAUUUGGGAAAAAGCAUGCAUCCACACCAGCCUCUCUGAUUUCGAACCAAAUUAUACCUAUAUCUUUAAAAGUCAUUUUCCUAUUUCAGGUAAUCACUUAUUCUAGUUGAAAUGUUCAUGUUUCAGACUCUCUAAUCUAUCUCUCUCUUCUAUAAUAAUUUCUUUCUUCUUUAAUA